GUACGGUUCCCAGUUGAUACAAAAUAAUCUUUAAAUGGCUGCCUGUUUUUCCUAUCAAAUUUUUUCUAAUUUUUUUUUCGCAUUUUCCCACAUCUCCACAAACUUUACAAAGGAACGUCCUAAUGAAUUGCUAAAAUAGAAUCUAGUGUACAACUUUAUCCAACUGAUUGUGUUACCGAGUGAAAAUUGCAUUGAUUCGAUUCGAAACAGGGAAGUGUCAAACCGAAUCACGCAAAGAAAAAAUGAAUUACAAUUGUGAUGUUUUUUUGAUUGAAAGUAACUGCUAAAUUGUUAUAAGAAAUUUAUUGUAUUGUUGCGUCGAAAUAAUUAACGAAAAUGGCUAUUCGGCUGGAGAAAGUGAUAUUUAUUUGCUGUUGUUUGGCUGGAACAGUUAAUUGCUUUCCAAUACCUUCAGCUCAAAUCGGUGAGCAAAAGGCAUUGAUAUUCGGCGUGUUGGCUUUCAUUAGUGUAGGAGCGGUUUUAGGAGCGUGUGUAUGUUGUCGUCGCAGAAAACGUGGCUUUGAGCUUAACCAAAUAAAGGACCGGAAGGAAUUUGAGAAUGAGUCCGGCGUGUUAGAGCCAGCCCGAACCGAAUAUCCAAUAUUUCGAGCCAUAUCAUCACCAGAACGAUCGAACCCAAAUCAGAACGAGCCUACAAAUCAAGCUGCAAACGCUCACAUCAUUGGAAUCAAUGAAAAUAUUAUUCAAAUCGAUGAAGAAGCUGAUAACAACAACGGUCCACUAUCCCCAGCCGAUAUGGAAAACAUCGAAAAUAAUAAUGCCGUUAAUUACAUCCAGAAUCGCAACGAAAUCGAACGAUUAGUUGAGCCAGUAGCCAUUUCAAUUCAGCGGGAAGAAGAACAGCAGCAACCAUUCAUUGAUCGAUCGAAUCCAUUCAGCGAACACACUAGAGAUUAUGGUGUUGCAUAUUCGAGUCCCAGCAAUCCAUUCGUCGAGAUCAUCGACCAUGAAAAUGUCGUUAUUGAGGUGGAAUAUAGUGAAAAUCAAAUGGAUGUUAUCGGAUCGUACGACCCCCUUAAAUCUACGGUGAAGCUGAUCGACGAAGCUGUUUCACUGGAAAGUUCGCUGUCAGAUAAAAGUACUACAGAUGUGAAUAGUGUCGAGGAAGCUUUGCGUGCGCUAGAUAUUGCGAUAUCAGGAGAGGAGUCACUGUUGCAACAAAAUGAAGAUGAGUUUGAGUGUUUCGUUACCAACGAAGACGACAAGUUUACUCCUCCGGAUCUGGUGAACAAUAUUACGAUAAGUGAUGCAGCAAGGGAAAUUAACAACAAGACUAAAAGAGUUCACGAUAAGAAUCAUAUUAAUGAAGUUCGCAAAGAGGCUGAAAUUUUAGUAAAUAGCGUGCUUGAAGAGAGUAAAAGUAAAAUUGUGCAAGGACUGGUGCCGACCAACUUUACAUUGAGUCACACUUUUAACAAUUUUGAUCAAGACUGUCGCAUUGAAUUCAACGCCUUGCAAGGAAAGGCGGAUAACACAAAUUUGAAACAGGAAUUCAACGAUCAAUAUUUAACACGCGAUCUACAAAGCGUUGGAUCGGUGGAAAACUUAUGUUUCGACAACAUUGUUCUGGAGGCCAGUACGCCUUUUGUCAGAAAAAUGCCGAAAUCCGUUGAUAAUGAAAGCCCAAUCUUUGAUUCACCCAUCAUAGCCAAUGCUACAUUUGAUAUCGUUUCCAACAGUUCUAACCUCUUCGAGAGUCCAACGGUCGAAAUAAAGAAAUUCGAUGAUGAUCUCGGUAUCAGUCCAAUAGUAUCAGAACUGCAAAAUGGUCGUCUAGGUUCGGUUACAUCAAAUGGAAAUGGAAAGUUCGUCAAAAAUGAAAAUACAGCAGCAGAUCAAUCUCGUCACAGUACAGAGUUUAUUGAUUCACCUCUUGCCAACGCAACUUUCGACCUCGACAGGGAACCGAUUGGCGUAAGUCCCACAUUGAGCGAUACGAGGCAACUGGAUAAAACAUUUCCGCUGGACAAAACCUUUCCACUGGACAAAACAUUUCCACUGGACAAACCAAAUACCAAUCCAGUCAAUUCCACAUUCACCACCUCUGAGGAGCCUUUUUUGAAGGAGGCGGAAUUGGAUCCACAAAUUAAAUGUCCAACGAUCAAAAUCGACAGAGAAGACUCAACCUCGGUCGACAUGACCACAGUCACACCGGUCAACACACCCAUUGAACUGAAUUAUCCGCGCGAUUCGUGGGACAAAUUUAUAUCGAACAGCAUGUCUCAGGAAUUAGUGAUGCCGAAAGAUCAUGUUAUGGACAUUCAACAGCCUUGUACCUCGGCACAAGCAGCAUUUGCUGAAGGUAGCACUAGUGGAUGGUUUCUUCAUUCAAAAACCGAUGAUCCACCAAGUGCCAGCGACACUUUUGAUGUAGACUAUGAAAGUGAAGAAGAUAUGAACGAAACGUUCGAUGCACUUCGAAAGCAGUUAAUAAUAAUGUUACCGCAUGCACAAGGAGUCACCGAACAUCCACCAGAUUUUUCCGAUGACGAUGACGACGACAUCGAUGAGAAACCAGAACAACGUUCGCCGUGCGAAAAUAUCAAUGAGCCACAAACGGAAAUGGUAAUUAACUACAAGCGGCCAUUGUCACCGAUUAUGGAGGAGAGUGAGGACGAGACUUGCAAAACAUUUGUGAUGAAUGAAACGAAAAAUCUGGAUAGUACCAGCACGGGCUGCAUAGAAACUGGCGAAGCAAUCAUGGGAGUGACUAAAACACUAAUGGCGUCCAACGAUACCCUGUUCAAUUUCGAAGAUACGUUUGGCGAUGAUGUUUUUUCGCCGCGUACAACUUCACAAAAUGACAUUGUAAAGGACAGUAAAGUAAGCCAUCCGGAUUCAUCGGGAGGUUCAACGCCAACUCCAAGAUCUUUCAAACCGAUGGAAUUUGAAGUGAAUGAAGUUUGUAAUGUGAACGAUUUGUUAUCGCCUGACCAGCAAAAAACACUGUCCGAAGAUAUUUGUACCGUGGAACAUCUGUCAUCUGAUGCGGUCGAUACAACAUUUACCACCAAUACUUUAGAUGAGAAAACAUGCAUCUCAGUACACAUUAGAGAAGACGAGAAAAUUUCGGAAAUCUCUGAACCGGAUUGGGGAUCUAGUGGUCAGUUCGAUCUGAAUAGUUUAAAUGACGUUCCAAGCAUGGGCGUCAUGGACAAUGAAGAUGAACAGAGCCAAUGCCAUGAGUUCGAAAACGAUGAAAGUUCAUCGACUGUUGAUAUACCAAAGAAAGAGGAAGAGGAGAAUGUGAAACAGGAUCAUCCGAAUAUCACUUUGCCCAAUCAUCACCACAAUGGAGAUGAUGAUUCGUACAAAGAUAGAACAACCAAUUUUCUGCUGAACGAAAUCAACUAUUCGGCUGGUCAUUACAACAAAUCGUCGGAAAUUAAAACAAUUAUUUAUGAUAACGUUAAAGAGAACACCGAUCCGAAUUCCAAGCAAUACGAUCAAAUAGAGGCUCCAAUGAAAAGCGAUGAUAUCAAUAUGUUUGCAAAGAAUCUGACGGAAUCGGGCAUAUUCGAGGGGGAUUUAUUGAACGAAACAGACGUGAUCAUGCAGAACAACACAUUCCAUCCAAUCGACCUAACUAAGCAUCACGAGAUCAUCCCGAAUUUCACGUUGUGUGAAAUUAACAAUCAAGGAGAUCAGAACUGUGUUAUGGUUGCAACGGAAAUGAUAAAUCAUUUAUCGGGUGAAGAAGAUCCAUGGGCACACUCCAUAUCCGAUAUACGAUUUACUGGACCAUGUACUGAGAUUAUGUCUACAUCGUUUACGGCGAACGAGUGGGAUAGUGAUGUGGAUGACAGUAACAGUAGCGAAGAAUUUAUGUACGUCAAAGGUACACCGCCAAAAGUUCCCAGUCCCGAGCUGUACAAACACAAAUUGGAACAGAAACACGAUAGUGCUCCGGUUCCCGUAAUUGUUGAAGAGGAUAUCGAGAGCGUGUGGAAAUCACACGAAGAUAAAGUUCCUGUCACAGAAGUCGCUGAUAUGGAUCAUGAGCAAUAUGUAGAUGAAGAUAGUUCGUCCGAUGCAGAGGGUGAAUGGGUUCCAUCUUGUUGGGACUCUUUGGCGCAACCAUCACGAUCAGCUCUUAAGAGCCCGGAUAAAUCAAGCAGCGAAGAGGAUGCCGUUGCAAGUCCGAAGAAGCGACGGAGCGUUGCUUUCAAAAAACAGAACUACCAUUCGGUAUACGAAUAUCCGAAAGAAGUUGCGUCCCUAUCGCCAUCCUACAGUGAACCGCAGCUAUGGGCACGAGAUCUGACCGACCUGUUUGAAAAAAGUUCCGAAACAAUCGACGACAAAGUGACGGAAAACGACGGAUUUAGUGUGUCCAGUACUACACGACCGUUUCAUGGCAGUCAGUUCAAUGCUCAGUGUCAUACAUGGCCCACCGAAUCGAAUUUUUCAUGGUCGCAGAUUCAAGAUAAUGAAAGCAACAGCGACAAAUAUCCAAGCUACUCCGAAUUACAAAUCAAAUGGCCUAAAGAUCUAAAGGAUUUCAUUUGUUCGGAACAAAGUAAUGUCAACAUCGAAAAAGAUAUAGCUCGGCCUGAUAGCGGCGUAGGCGAAUCGGCUGAACUCCUAUCGGACUCCGUCACUCUCGGCGAUCUAUGCCACACCAAGGCAUCAUUACGAUUACCGCUACAUAAUGUACCUGCUCUAAUGCCAACCGGUAUGGAAGCGAAAAAGAAUUCGCUCACCGAUCAGUCAAUCGAUCCAACGAAUAUGAUGCUACCAACACCGUCAUGUACCGGUUCCAUGGAUUCGUUAAGUUCCAGUUCGGGGUCGGAACGGCAAAUGAGUUUCUCCACAUUCGGUAAAUCCACGUCCAGUUUAGAUGAUGAUCGGAUCAAUGAUAGUGAUCGUAAAGAUGAGAUUGGUACUGAUGAGGAGAAGUUAAACGAUAGCGACUGUCCACUGAUUCAGGUGGAUAGUGAUCGAUCCACUAAACAGAAUGAUAGUACAGACGAAGACUCUGGUAUCGAAAGUAUUAUGCGAAUUGCAAGUGAAAAAAUUUAAUAGAGAAAUUAAGUUGUUGUUGUUGUAGAAGGGUCCGUUUGUUUUUUUAAUUUUAAAUAUUAAUCAAAUUUGGUGUCCCUUUUCUUUGAAGUGAAAAUUUCAAAAACAUUUAAAAAAAACUUUUUAUUUUGUGGCGCGCAUUCUCUCCCUAAAUUGAACAAUUGUGUGUGAUAUUUGAAACUAAUUUUGUUAUUUAUUAGUGACUUAAUAUUAUUGUGUUAAUUAAUUACAAACAAACAAAAACAUUUUGUCUUUUCCACCAUUCAGUAGUGACUCAUCGAUUGAAGUAAUUAAAAUUUAAAUUUAUCCUAAAUGUUAAUGAAAAAAAUAAAAAUAGAAAAAAAUGAAAUAAAAAUUUCGAAACUGAAAACUGUGGAACAGCAAACUACCAUUUUCUUGGUGUGUAAGCACAGAGAAACCGCAAAAGAAAAAUAAUAAAAAUUUUGCUUUCUACUGUCAUUUCAUUGAUAUUAAUUAUUAAACACACAAAAGUUAGACAGAAAUUGGAAGCAAACACGUAAACAUAAACUAGUAAAAUAAAACACCAACUGAGCAAAGCACAUUAUUUAGGAUAAUUUUGAUAAAACAAGAAAAAUAGAGCUUGAGUACCUGGUUUUUGUGUAUAUGAUUCAGUGGUCGGUUUAUUUCUUACACUAUCCCUUCCAUCCUAACCCUUGACUCUCACUUCGACUUAAAAAUACUUCAGAAUUCAAAUUGUAAAAUGUUUUGUUUGGACAAUUUAAUCCGAUGCGAAUAAGAAAACUUGGUUACAAUCCAGUGUAUAACAUUCGGCAGUGUUACUACUUCAUUAAAAUGUAUACUAGAAGCAACAACAUAACCGAAUUGUUGACCGGUUAUUUGAGAUUUAAAUGGUGGUCAAAGAAAAUUUAAUUUCUUUACGUUUUAAUGUUAAUUUGUUGGACUAUCAACGAAAAUUGCACUCUUCCACAUAAGUGACUAUAGGAUAAACAGUGAAUUUUUAAAAUAUUUUAGUACUGAAACGAGAAAUGACUCAGCGAAUGUGGACAGAAAUUUGUUUUGCGACUAGUCUUUCAUCUGACGACGAUAAAUAAGCGAUGAGCUCCGGCUAAAAGCCUUUUAUAUCUACCAAAAUGUGUGCUUAAACAAAUGAAGUACAAAAUGUUUUAUCAAACACUAGGCAAUAGAUUUUGGAUUCAUAGCCACUGGUAUCGAUUGGGUUUUUGUUCUGAUGCCACACAUUGUUGAUCAAUUCAAGUUUUUUUUAUUAGAAAAAUGAAAUGGAUUGCUUGCUAAAAAUGGCUUCACUAGCACAAGUUACAAGAGACAUAUGCUUGACAUUGCAAUGUGUGCAACAUAGAGAAACUUAAUCGAAACCCAGUGCGUGCACGUUACAUACAAAUCGCUUCAAUGUUAAUCUAUUUAAGUAAAUGAAGUAAUAGAUUCUAUCAACACAUCGUGGCGUCCGAGCCGUUUUUCAAAGAUAUUUCCUCACAAUUUUUAAACAACCAAAAGUCGGUUGUUUUAGUCAAAAAUAGUGCGAUUGACGUCCGAGCCGUGUAUAUAUUAUGUCGAAGGUCAUAUCAGUGGUACUGCUGAAUUCAGUGCCGCUUUUAGCUUUUGGGCGCCAUCGGGCAAUUGGAAAAAUAGGCGCCAAUUUAGUAAAGCUAAUUUUUUUUAAGGACCUCGGGCGCCAUUUACUUCUGCUCCACUUCGGGCGCCACGGGCAUUUGCCCAUUUGCCCCAUAUGGAAAAGGCGGCACUGGCUGAAUUGAUAAUUUAAGGCAUGAGAAUCGCUAAAAAGCAAUAUUUUGCUGAUGGCUGUAGUCUAACUAAUUUAAUUAAUUCAUUUCCCUUUCCGGACAACAAUUUCUUCGUUGUCAAUAAUAGUGAUUCAGAGCUAACUUUCAAAGAAUAUAUUUCGUGAAACACGUGACGGUUUCCUGCAUUUUUUAAAGGAAAAAUCAAAAGAAAAUCAUGAAAAUGUUUUUUUAUAAAAUGGACCAUGGGGACUGAUUUGAUAGUGGCCCAUUAAACCCAAGUUUACGAUUGAAGUCUUAGUGAAAUUUGCUUUGUUCUACAACGUCAAAUAGAAAAUUGGAAUCUUGAAAUUGAAGUAGAAAUCGUAUAAUUGGCAGGUUGACUUCAUAAUUUUAACUCAGAGGCGCCAGCAGGAAUACCUUCGCUAGAAAAUAUUUUCUUUUCAAUAAAAUGUCAAUCUCAUAAUUUGUUUGUCUUUCCCUCCGCAAUUGAAUAUAUUUGUUUUUCACUGUAAAUACUCCAAAACUUCAUUUCCGUUUGCAUUCGGAUAACUGAUAAAAAAGAAAUUAAAGAAAAAAAUCUGUUUUCAUUAGUAUUGUACAUUUUGUAGACAAAAUUGUCAUUGUAAAUUCAUAGAUUAAUAUUGUACAACUAUCACAGUAAUAAUAUCGUAUCUUGACAACAUGAAACCUUUUAAUGAGGUGUGUAGAGAUUGUAGAUGAAGAAACAAAAAAUAAUUAUAAACAAGAAGAAAACAAAAAUGAAAGGAAAUGAAAGAAACUAUUUAUGCAAUUCUUGAUCUCUGUUUUAUUAUAAAUACAAAUUUUUCUAAUAAUUUGAUAAAUUGGUACGAUUAUAUAAACCAAAACCGGUGGAAAAUAUUGUUAUGGUUUUUAUGUUUCGUUCGGUUAUAAUUUUGUAAUUAUUUUAUUUUUUAAACGAAGAAAAUUUAGUAUACUAAGAAAGUUGCCACAUUCAUUCAUAUAAAUAUAUAUAAAAAUAGUCGUAGAGUUUAAUUAAAUGAAUUUUAUAUUUAAUACCAAUUCUACAGAAAACCAUACAAGAUACACGGAAGCAAAAACAGUAUAAAUUUAAAUUUUACAACUUUCGUACAUUUUUUGUGUAUAAAAAAGUG